AUGGACUUUCAAGACUUCCAGGCCACCUUGUAUGGAGCGAGGCGUUCGCAUACAGCUGCCAACAGCAGGGGGCAGACGCUGCUCAGUAUCACCAAGCUGCAUGAGCAGACCUACAUCAAGUGGGGUGACUCCCCCCCGCUAAAAUACCUCAACUGGGAGAACGACCAGCCGAGCCAUGUGGAGGAGGAGAACUGUGCAGUGAUCAGGACAGAGUCGUCUGGCCGCUGGCAGAACAGAGACUGCUCUGUAGCCCUUCCCUAUGUCUGUAAGAAGAGACCCAAUGCCACCCUGGACCCCUUCACCACUGACUCGUGGGCGGAUGAUGAGAAGUACGAGUGUGAUGUGGGCUGGCAGGCGUUCCAGGCAGGCUGCUACAGACUGACGUCAGAGAAGGUGGACUGGGACYCUGCUCAGAAAACCUGUCAGAAAAUGGAGUCCAACCUGGUCAGCCUCCACACCCUGCCUGAACUAGAGUUCAUCAUCAACAACAUCAAGCGAGAUGUGGAGGAGCUGUGGAUUGGUCUCCAUGACACGGCUAUGCAGAUGGACUUCCAGUGGACAGACCACACGCCCGUCAUCUUCACUUACUGGCAUCCCUUUGAGCCCAACAACUUCCAAAACACCCCCGAGGACUGUGUCACCAUCUGGGGACCCGAAGGCCGCUGGAAUGACAGUCCCUGUAACCAGACCUUGCCAUCCAUCUGUAAGAAAGCAGCCCAGAAGACUGACGGACAGGCACAGAACCACGGGUGCAAACCAGGCUGGAGAUGGCACAGUCCGGCCUGCUACUGGGUGGGAGAGGAGCAGGUGACCUUCGAGGAGGGCAGGAAGGCCUGCGCUGGCAGCGGAGCUACCCUCAUCACCAUCACCAAUAGGUUUGAGCAGGCAUUUGUCAACAGUCUGGUGUUUGGCCGUUCUGGGGAUUCAUUCUGGAUAGCCCUGCUUGACCAGAACAGCCCCGGAAAAUUCCACUGGCUCAGCGGGGAUGAAGUGGCCUAUACCAACUGGAACAGAGACCAGCCAGGAGGAAACAUCAAAGGGGGCUGUGUAACCAUGGAGACGGGCUACGCCACAGGCCUAUGGGAGGUGAAGGACUGUGCGUCGGCCCGGGCUAAGUUCAUCUGUAGACUGAACCAGGACACGUCCCUCAGCCCUGAGCCCCCCGCCCCGCACCCCACCCCCAGCCUCACUGGAUCCUGCCCCAACGGGUGGAAGACAAACGGCAAGCUGCACCACUGCUACAAGGUGUUCGACUCAGCCCAGAUGGACCAGAAGCUGAGCUGGCUGCAGGCCCACCUAGCCUGUCAGAGACACCAUGGAGCCAACCUGCUGAGUGUCAGUGGCCCAGAGGAGGAGCACUUCAUACUGCAGAUACUACACGAAGCCUUUGGGGAGUCAGAGGACCAUGAGCAACGCUGGUUCUGGAUCGGCCUGAACCGCAGGAACCCCAUGGACAACGGGAGCUGGAAGUGGAGCGAUGGACUGGCCUAUACGUACCAGAACUUUGGGCGUUACUACUACAACGUCCGUCAGUGUGCAGCAGCAGACCUGGGCACCAUGACCUGGCUGGCCAUGCGCUGUGACUCUGGACUGGACUGGAUCUGCAAGAUCCCCAAAGGAAAAGUUGAUCAGGAUCCAAACCCCACUGAAGCCCCCACUGCCAGUGAGUGGGUGGGCUUCCAGGAGGCAGAGUAUAAGUUCUUUGACCACCGGUCUACGUGGGACCAAGCCCAGAGGAUCUGCUCCUGGUUCGAUGCUUCUCUGGCUUCCAUCCACUCUUCUGCGGAGGAGGUUUUCCUUGCCAACACACUGCACAAGAUGACCAAGGUAGAGGGGGACCACUGGUGGGUGGGGCUUCAUACGUAUGAGAACGAUGGCCGUUUCCACUGGUCAGACCACUCUGUGCUCAACUAUGUGUCCUGGGCUUUCGGCAGGCCACACCCACUCAGCCGCGACCGCAAGUGUGUCCACAUGUCAGUCAGCAAAGCGGAGUGGGCAGAUCAGAAAUGUCACUCAGACCUGCCCUACAUCUGUAAGAGAGUGAAUGUCACAGGCACUAUCCCACCCACACCCUCCAUCCCCCUGCCCCUCGCGGGCUGCCCCGAUGGCUGGGCCCCCUUCCUGCACAAGUGUUAUAAGGUGUUUGGUCAUGAGGAGAGCCGGAGGGCCACAUGGUCAGGAGCCAGGCUCAUGUGUGAGUCACAGGGAGGAGCCUUGGCUGUGGUACCCAAUCACGUGGAGCAAGCCUUUGUCACCACUCUGCUGUCCAACGUGAGUUUUGACCUGUGGGUGGGGCUCACGUCUGACUCUAAAGGCCACUUCCAGUGGGCUCGUCCUGGACUCCUCAGCUACACCAACUGGGCCUCUGGAGAACCCCUGGACAACAGUGGACCACUCCACAACAAGGCUCCGAGGAACUGUGUGGUGAUGAUCCAUGGGAACCCAGCUAAAAAUACUGGCAUGUGGGCAUCCCGGGCCUGUGAGAUGGAGAAACAUGGCUACAUCUGCCGGAAGAAACAAGACCCAGCUCUGCCCCCUGGCGCUGCCCUCCUGCCCUCCUCCCUGUCGGGAGCCCUGGACCUGGGUGGGGUGUCGUACCGCAUAGUGAAGAAGCGCCUGGACUGGAUGGGGGCGUUGCAUGUGUGCGAGUCUCUGAACGGGACGUUGGCUUCAGUGAGAGACCCCUACCAACAGGCUUACCUCACACUGCUGAUGAACAGCCUACACCUCCCAGCAUGGAUCGGCCUUUACAACAAUGGGGGACGGAGCUUCAGCUGGUUGGGCGAGGAGGACCUGAGUUACACUGCCUGGCGGGUUGGGGAGCCUAAUACACUGUCUGGAUGUGGUCACAUGACCACGGUGGGGCAGUGGACUAUGACCCCCUGUGACGCUAAACUGGAUGCUGCCAUCUGUCAGAUUAAUACAGAGGAGGCUUUGGUGCACAAGUGGAGUUUCCCAGGACAGUGCCCUCACUCUCUGGGCGACUGGGCCUGGGUGCCUUUCAGGAACCACUGCUACUCCUUCAACCUGCAGAACCUCCGGCUGCAGACCGACGCCCACUCCUCCUGCAGGAAGGUGGGUGGCCAGCUGCUGUCAGUCCUGGAUGAAACAGAGAAUGGCUUUGUGUGGGAGCACAUCCAGGGCUACCAGGAGCAGGCCCACGGAGCCUGGCUGGGUAUGACCUUCAACUCCAAAGGGGGCAGUCUGAUGUGGUCUGAGAGUGCAGAGGUGAAGUUCACUAACUGGGAGGUGCAGGGCACCAACCUGAGCAUGCUGUUUCCCAACACCUGCUUCUGGAUCCAGAGCAACACAGGCCUUUGGAAACCAGGCACCUGCAAGAACCGCACACACGGAGUCAUCUGCAAACGGCCACGCAGUGCUGAGGCUUUGGCGGUAGUCUCUGAAGAGGACCACCUGCCCACUCUGAUUGUGAUCAUGGUGACGGGUCUGGUGUUGGUGAUCCUCAUUGCGGGCGUGAUCUACCUGUACCGCCGGCACCAGGCAGGCUCCCGGGGAUCUUACGAGGGGGCGCGCUACAGCCGCACCAAGUCCAACCCCUCCGAACAGGCCGAGAAGAACAUCCUGGUGUCUGACAUGGAGCUCAACGAGCAGCCGGAGUAGCACAGCCAACCAGGACUGGCCCCUCCCCCCGGGGCAGGAGACACCUGGGAGUACCUAAUACUGUCUGACUGAUACACAUUCUGCUUCUACGUUUUAUGUCCCUGUUCUGUUUGAAAAGAUGUUGAAGAUGCUGAAGGUCUGUGCUGUGUGGAGCGCAGCAGAUGCUAAUCAAAUUCCAUUUAAACAGUCAUUCUCCAAAGGGGUUAAUAAUAUGCAAAUUACAAUAUGAACUGCUUUUCUUAGUAGUAUAGCAAUAAUGUUUCUGAUGUCAGUUUCACAUUUCAUUUCAAACAAGUUCCUGUUUCUGGUCGCUAAGUCUAAAAGGCAGAUGCCAAAAGCCAAAGACAAAGGCUUUGCGACAGUUCUUCCCUUGUCAGGAGACUCAGUAUCAUCCAAAUAUCAACACAGCCUCCAUCGAGACCAUGACAGUAUUUACCUGAGGUUAACUUCAGGUUUGUUUUGUAUAUUUCCUUUUGGUUUGUUUGUGUGUUUUUUUUGUCCAGUGCAGCUGUAGUGAAUCUGUAGUGAAUCCUCCUAAAUCUG